AUGGACUCGUUCCCUUCAGCAGGGGUAGGAAACUCUAGACGACUACUCGUAUCCUGUGACACCGCUGUCACACAACGUGACAGCGGGGCGUCUCGAGUCGCCCCGAGUUGUCCCUACCCUGCUCUCUAUUGCAGCAGUGGCACCAUCUACGCUGCCUGGUUGCCGACCACCCAGCUAUGGGGGUUGAACCAUCUUUCCCACACUUCCCUCGACCUCUUUCGAGACCUCAAUGUCGUUGGGAACAUCAGUGUGCACGACUUCGUGGGGACAUUAGAGAGGAGAACGGAUGCUACACGGUUAGGAGAUACCCCGGAAUCGGCCACCACGAAAAACCCUUUUGAAGCUGUGGGCGCAGGGGAGCUAGCGACUGCGUGUUGGGCAUGCCCAGAGCCUGACUUCAAUUUGCCGGAAGAUUGGGCGUUGUGUCCGCCAGAGGAUAAGUUUCUCUACUCGCUACUGCUAGCGCUUGAUGCAAACUUCCGCCUUAAAAAUCGUAUUCGAGCCAAUGAGCGAAAGGAUCCAUCACUGGGGUCCGGCUGGGGAUACUUCGUGGAGAAUGACGCUUACAAGGAGCAUCUCCGCGACUAUGUGGCCGAAACCGACGUCAGCACCUGUAUUGCGUUUGCUGCCCUUAUGCAGAAAGAAACGCGGCUAACAACCGGGCUGCGUGUUUCUGGCGUUGGGGGCUGUGUUUGUGGUAGACAUGGGGUCGUUAGGGCCCAAGGUUUGGGCGAUUUGCAAAAAGGCGAGCGGUACGCCAAUAUGGACUACAUUCUGAUGCAUGCUUUGGGAGACACUCGCGUAUGGAAACUGGUGUUGUCGUACGACAUCGCCUGUCAAUGGAAGCAGAGGCUUCUCAUGCGUGUGGCCGAUAUGGUGAAGGAGGGAGGCGUAAAGAGCUUGGACGACUUCGAGUCCAUUCAGUUUGCGCUGCCUGUUUGGCAUGCGGCGGCGCACGACAUCAACUGUCGAGAGGCGCUGUCGUCGAGCCAUGCCCCGGGAGUAGGUCGCACGGAUGGAGAAGGCAUCGAACGAACUUGGGUGGUCCUAAAUCCCAUCGGUUUUGCCACAAAGGAAAUGGGGGAGGGCAACAGGCACGACACCAUCGAAGACAAGGUCGACCAUCUUAAUUUCGAAAAGAACGUCGGGCAGGGGGAGAACUUCACGGGCAUCGACUGCACUCUUGAGCCGGCUUUACGUGAUGAAUGGCAGGCCUAUGUGGAAGAGUGGCAAGCGGAUAGCUCUAAGCCCAACCUGUAUGUUGUUGCCGGGGGCAAGGAAGCGGGACCUUCCGAAGCCGAGGUUGCGGCUGAGCUCAAGAAAUCAGGGGUAGAAGAGGCGCGAGAAGGUCGAGGGGAGUUUAUUGGUGAAGCUACGACGGCGGUGGCCUUCGUUAAAGGCCUAAUGCAGUUGGAGGCCCAAAAGCGGCGUAUCAAGGCGGAAAUCAAGGGCAAGACUGUCGUUACGGCCGAGCCGAAGCAACCAAAUCGAAGAGCUCCAUGCUUCGUUCUUCAAGAAAUUGAAGACCAUCCAACGGCAUCAGGAAGUCUUCAUGCCUGGCGUGUUGUCAAGGCAGAGGACGUGAAGCUGUGGUUUGCCGCGGACUUGACGGAGUCCCAGCGAAAGUGGGCCUGCAAAAAGGGUGUCGUCACAAUCGAGGCUAAACUCCGACGGGCGCAGUGUGGUGAUGCUCUCACCAAGAUUCACAGCCUUCUGUACUCGAAAACCCAUCUCGUUUAUUCCCGAAACGAGUUCUCAGUCGGGCAGCUCGCGUCUACCCGGGCAAACACCCUGAUUGGGCGUGUAUCAGACGAGCUGUCCAAGGAGGUGGGGAAAUAUCGGCAAGCUCUCAUUGCUCUGAAGCGUUUGGAAGGCCCGAAUUGCGCCCCGGAGUUCCGAGAGCUUCUGGACUCAGAUCUGAAUGUGAGAUCGGAGACGGAGAGCGACGCUGCUUUGAGGCGUCAGCUGGGAAGGAUAGGAUCUUCGCGUCCUGCUUGA